AUGUCUCCAAAAUUUUUCGUUUUAGGAUUUAUCAAUUUGGGAGCAUCAACAAAGCGCCAGAUAGCAAAUUUCCAAUUUGUGGCCCCAUUAAUGGCGUUCUUCAAUCCCUCACUUAAUGACACAAGUACUGUGCAUUACUUUGGUGAUAGUGAGUAUCUAUCUACCCACAUAUCUUUGAUUUUCUUUGAAAGUAGGUUACUAGACCUUACUACAUUGUUCUAUUCCAAACGCAAGCUGUACGUCAGCCUUGUCUGUGCAACAAAACUUGAAAAACCAAAGCAUCAACUUCCUUGAACUUAUGACCGAAAAACUAACCAGUACAAACCAGUACUGUAUAUAACGUAUAUUGCAAUAUACUAUAGUAUCAGUGACACCAGUGAGUUAGUAAACUAUGCCGUAAAGUCGGUAGCAUGACUGCAGCGUACUUACGCGUUCCUUUUUAUACACACCUGUAUUGCGCGUAUUUCUUCGGCUGAAUUUGUUGAGUCUUGUGGUACACAGUUUCAGUAGCAACCAUACCUUGAAAAUUAGGGCUCCCAAUGAAAACAGGAGAGUAAGCCUCCAACCUCUUUUAAGCCCCCAUGAUACUCCAAAGAUAGGGCUAAAUACAAGAACUGAUACCGUAGCCGCUGUCUCCCCCUACAAGAAAGGAACACUACCUAUAAGUAUCUGAUCAUCAUGUUAUAUAAGGCGUCUGUGCUACCGCUCUUUCAUUAUGGCACUUCUGUGCGCGAAAAAUCGUGAUAAACUACAGCUUUCAAAUAAACGCAUUUUGAAAUUUAUUGUUACUUAUGCAAAUUCUAGUUAUGAAGAAUUGCUAAACAUGGCUAAGACAACAUCGAUAUCCUUGUACAGUGGAAGAAAUCACAAAAUGCUUAUUGUAGUGUUUAAAAGCUUACUUGUCUCUGCGUAUCUUACGAGAAGCUGUUCUCUCUUUGCAGCUCUAAAUAUCUUUUGAGAGGGAAUAAUGUACCGAGUUUACCUGAACCUAAGACAACCACUUGUGGACUCGAGUCCAUCAAGUACGAAGCUGCAAAGCUUUGGAACUCACUUAAAGACGACAUGAGACAAAUAAUAUCAAUCGAUGACUUUCAAAAUUCCUUAAGAAAUUUGAAUUUUCAUUAAAAUUAGUUUCGUAUGUUUUUUACUAACUUUAAUAAUUUUCAGUAAAUUUUACUUCUGUUUUGCUCGGAAAUAUUAGCUCAAAAGAGCUACUUCAGUAAAUUCGAAUUCAAAUAAUGUUUAUGUAUGUAUUUGUAUGUAUGUAUGUUCCUAACUAAGAUAAAAUUUAUCAUUCGAGCUGCCAGACGUAGUUUAUUUACAAGGACUAUGUAAAAAACAGGAGGCCAUUCAAGAUAAAAAAAUAUUUUUCCAUCAAGAAAUGAGACCUUGACCUAUCAAAAGACGAAAAAAAGAAAAACAAGCGUUACUCUUAUCAACUUAAGGACACCUGUGUUGGAAUUUUGUUGUGCCCUCGCGGCGAGAGAAGUGCCAGGUUUUGUACGUUCCUCCUUAUCCUAACUUGGAUGCUUGUUUGCUUCUCUGUUGUAGGACAAACAUUUAUUGUACAGUGGUCUAACAUUCUUCUACAUGAAAAUCCUCAAGGUAAAAGCGUCAUUUUGUGAAAGAAAAAUGCAAAGCUUAAAAGGUUUUUUUUUAAUUUCAUGUUUGCUUCAUUUCAGCCGGUGGUUUCACCUUUCAGUGUACGCUUAAUAAAACAGGUGAAAUUGUCUUCUCUUAUCACCAGGUAAAAUUCAUUAUAUUUUACAUUUACUGUGAAUUAAUCGUGUAAACAUAACAACUUUCUUUAAUUUUCCAGACAUGUUUCGACGGUACAUCCGUCAUCUUCAGUGUUACAUAUUUUGAAAUCGCCGUUGAACUUAAAGCGCGCGCGAUCUUACAAAGUUCGUUACAUUGCGUUGUCAAUAUUGCGUGCCAAAACAAAGUUAAAUGAGUGACGCUUCGUUCUUUACAGGGAGAGAGUCAGGUUAAUGUGUUUCACCUGCUGGUUGAGAUCUUUAAAAUCCCUUACGUUGGGCACUUGUCAGUCACGCACAGAGGAGUAUACGCAAACUUGCUAACCGGUUAUGUAAACCUAUUGAUUUAAGGUUAGUCUUUACUACUUUCAAAGUCAGGAAUCUUUUUAUUGUGAAAGAUGCUGUCCCUGAGGGGCUACGCACGCGUGUGGUCUAUAAAUUUUCGUGUGCAAGUUGUAAUGCUUGUUAUGUUGGUGAAACCAACCGACACUUCUCCACACGAGUGCGCAAGCACUUACUUUCAGAUAGGUCUUCGAACGUUUUUAAACAUCUGCAGGGUUCAGAGUUUUGUAGAGCAUCCUGCACACCGGAUUGCUUCGAGAUCCUAGACUCUGCAGCCACUAAGUACCAAGUGAAGCUUAAGGAAUCCAUGUUUAUAAAAUGGGAGAAGCCCGAUCUCAACCAGCAGGUGAAACACAUUAACCUGACUCUCUCCCUGUAAAGAACUAAGCGUCACUCAUUAAACUUUGUUUUAGCACGCAAUAUUGACAACGCAAUGUAACGAACUUUGUAAGAUCGCGCGCGCUUUAAAUUCAACGGCGAUUUAAAAUAUGUAACACUGAAGAUGACGGAUGUACCGUCGAAACAUGUCUGGAAAAUUAAAGAAAGUUGUUAUGUUUAUACGACUAUCUAUAUUGUUGCUGCUAUCUAGACACUGUGAAUUAAGGUUUGAACUCAGGAGUCAUUUCAUAGUUCGUUAACCGAUAUCAAUGUACUAUAUUCAAACUCGGUUCAAGAAUUAAAAUAACUGGUUAACAUGAGUCAUCUAUGCAAUAUUUAGCUCCGUGUAAGACAUACGUUGUAGCGUCCACUCAUAGCUACUUGAAACUGUAGUUUAAUCAGUUGUUCACUUGCUAGUUCGUUUCUAAUCUGCACAUAACUUGUAUUCAUUCCAUUCACAAAUUGCUAUCAGGAAAGGUUUGCUCGACCAAGCCCUUUGGCCACUGACCCCGUGGCAAAUUCUUGUCUGCAAGCCACACUAAAUCUCCUACUAUAAAGUUUGGCUUAGGUUGUAACCACUUCUGGCGUUCUUGGAGCGUUGGCAGAUAUUCCCUUGUCCACCUCUGCCAAAAUUCAUUUGCGAGAAGAUGAACGUGCUUCCAUCUGGCUUUGAAUCGAUCUGACUCCUCGAAUAAAUCUGGGGAUGAAGACGGGUUUCGGCGCAACAGAAGGAUAUGGUUCGGCGUCAGUGCUUCCAAAUCCUUUGGAUCAUCAGAGACCGGCGUGAUUGGCCUGUCAUUCAAAAUCUUCUCUACUUCAAUGAGGAAUGUUCUCAGGGUUUUUUCGUCUACGAGGCGUUCUCCCACCAUAGAAUAAAGGAUCCUUCUGAUAGACCGUAUAAGUCUCUCCCAUACGCCGCCUUGGUGACUGGCCGCGGGUGGGUUAAAUUUCCACUCAAUUCCUCUCCUGGUCAACUUCAACUGAAUCUUCUCCUGAUCCCACACCUUUAAAGCGUUGACGACGUCCAAUUCAGCUCCUCUAAAAUUAGUACCGUUGUCACUAUAGAUAAUACCUGGGGGGCCUCUUCUACCAACGAAGCGCAAAACGGCAUUGAUAAAACUGUCAGUGGAGAGGUUGUUAACUAACUCUAUGUGAACUGCUCGAUAUCUUAAGCAAGUGAAGAUGCAGCCGUAACGUUUGUUCAGAGAAGGGUCUCUCCUUGAUCUUGUGUUAGGUCCUAUCUUCACGUAGAGGGGCCCGAAGUAAUCCAACCCAACUGCAGCAAAUGGAUAUACGAGCCUGUGACUGUCCGAAGACACUCUAACAACUGGAAGUGGUCCUGUCACUUGUUCUCCUAACUUGGCGUUCUGACGUUUGCACACAUGACACUUGCCAAGAACUUGCUUUAUCGUGGAAACUGCAUUCACGAUCCAAUAGCGCUGCCUAAUUUCGGCCAGAACUUGAUAGGUUCCUACGUGUCCAUUCAAGUGAUGACAGUGGCGAAUUAUCAACUCAGACACGGGGUGCUUUGCUGGCAGUAUCAUCGGGUGAUUGGCAUCAUAUGGCAAACUCGAGUGAUUCAAUCUUCCGCCGACACGUAUGAUUCGUUCAUCUUCGGAUGGCUUAAGUCUGGCUAGUCAGCCUUUGAUGACUGUUUCACUUUUCUCAUCAGCAAAUGACUGUUCCUGGACGAACUUCACAAUUUUCUUCUCCGCUUUGUCCCCGUCAUGGAUCGAUAAGGUUUUAGGACUAUACUUCACACUUUUAUCUUUGUCGUUCUGGCACUGGGACUGCAUCGGUCUGUUGAAGGCUCUACAUAACCACCCAACUAUUCUCCUCAAUCGAUCCCACGACGAAUAUCGUUGGAACAAAAUGCUCCAGAAAUCCGCAUGAACUGUGGAUGCUCCAACAGUGACUUUCUCCUUUUUCACUCCUUCGUCUGUAUCUAGGAGGUCUCCCAAUUCCUCUGGAGGCUGCGGGGGCCAAUCUUCAACUUCUCUCCACAAGAAUUCUGGACCACGGCGCCACCUUUCCAGUUUUCCGGUCUCCGAGGCCUUGAUCCCUCGGGAAGCAUAAUCCGCAGGAUUGAGCUCUGAUCGUACAUGCCGCCACUGCCCUGGAUCUGAUUCUUGACGUAUGACAGCUACCCGGGUUGCGACGAAGGUUACAAAGCUUCGUACUUCAUUGGCAAUGUACUUGAGAACUAUCAUAGAGUCAUUCCAGUAAGUCACACUGUUAAUCUUCAGUCUUCCCUUCUAACUCUCUCGUUAUGACCUUGUUGACUUUCGUUGCUAGAGUAGCCGCUGUCAACUCCAGCUUUGGUACUGUUACAGCACUUUUCAAGGGUUUCACGCGAGACUUCCCCAUUACGAAACAGCAAUGAAUUUGCCCCUGACUGUUAACAAGACGUAAAUAAGAGGCUGUCCCAUAACCAUGCUCUUGGGAUGCGUCGGCGAAAUGAUGAAGCUCUACAUGUUUCACUUCACCCAAGUCCUUUGGCUUAAAACAUCGAGGAAUACUGAAUCCUUGCAAGCUCAUAAGCCCUUCUCUCCAACUCUUCCAACGUUCACACAAUUCUCUUGGGAGCUUCUCAUUCCAAUCCAACUUUAGUUUGCACAAUUCCUGAUUCAUUUCUCUUCCAGGUAAGAGUAGGGGGCUGGCCAAUCCGAGCGGGUCAUACACCGUUGCAAUAGAUGAUAAGACACCUUUCCGAUUCUCUGGACGCUCCUUGUCAUUCACAACAAAGUCAAUGGUGUCAUGUUCAACAUUCCAGUGGAUUCCUAGUGCUCCAUCUAUAGGCAAACUUUCUGAUUUCAAAUCUAAACUCUUAAUGGUGAGUGCUCUUUCCUCCACCGGGAACGCUGACAACACGCUGCGAGAACUGGAAAUCCAUUUUGUCAAUUCAAAGCCUCCUCUCGCAAGUAACUCCUGGAGCUGCUUACUGACUUGUACUGCGCGUUCUGAAUCAGCAAAGGAUUUAAGCAAGUCAUCUACGUACAAAUCCUUAAGCACGGCGUCAACUGCCUCUUGGGAGAAGUCUUUCUCAGGGCGUAUCCUGCUACGCUCGGCGAGGACUUUGCUCCAAAAAUGUGCACGAGCAUUUGGUAAGUCUUCUUUCCCUUUGACAGGUCACCAUUCGGCCACCAUAAAUAACACAACGCUCCACGAUCUUCUGGCGCUACGAAGACCUGGUGAAACAUUCUCUUAAUAUCUGCCGUAACUGCAACGUCAUCUACUCGGAAUCUCAGGAUCACUCCUAUCAGGGUGCUGGUGUUUUCUGGGCCUCUCAAAAGUUGCUCAUUCAAAGACGUUCCACCACUCCUUGAGGCACAAUCAAACACUACCCGCGGUUCUUCGGGUUUUCUAGGAUGCCACACCGCGUGAUGAGGAAGGUACCAUAGCGGCUUAAGCACUGGGACUUCGUCAUCAGGUACCCGUCGUGAUGCUCCCUCGGUCAGGUACUUGUCCGUUACGCCACUGUACUUUCGGUGGAAAACUGGAUCCUUCCGCAUCUUUCUCUCUAGCCAACUUAACCUGCUUGUGGCCGUCGAAAGACUCUCAGGAAGGUCAGGCUUCUCUUGGCGAAAAGGAAGCUUAAGCUGAUAGUGUCCGUUCAUGAAGGUCACUGACUGAUCCAUAAGUUCCUGUGCUUUACGGUCCUCAACAGACAUGCCUUCCUCAGCAUUGGCAUCAGCUUCAACAAAUUCCUCAUCAUACAUGCGCUCUAGCUCAACGCUUAAGCUAUCUUGGCCGGUGCGAGUAAAGUUUAUGUGAACACGGUCCUUAACGGUUUCUCCAAUCGGGCCGUGGACUGUCCACCCAAGGGGCGUCCUCACUGCAACAGGUUCGCCUUGGUCUCUUUCUUUCCGAUCUAACUGCUUGUCAAUCAGGUCUGGGCGAUCGUUUCCUAUCAAAAUUGCCACUUUCUUAUCUCCUGUUUCGGGUAAGCUAACGUCACAAAGAUGAGGCCAACGCUUAAUAUCCUCGUUUGUGACCAUUUGUCGUGCUGAAACGGGAAGAUUGCUUGUAGUCAAGACGUUUUUCGAGUCGGAACUUUGCAUCUCCUUCUAACGAUUCAAUUUCUAACUGGACUUCAUGACCAUGUCUUCGCUCCCCGUCCGCACAGUUGGUGGUGGUCAUAGUAUAGCUGAUUGGCUUCAUAUCCGUUACACCUAUUUCACGCGUCAAACUAUCUAGACAGAGCGAGGCGUCUGAACCGCUGUCUAGGAAAGCGUGUGUUAUGAUCUCUCUGGUGCCUCCCGGACAUCUAAUCUUGACUGGAACUACCUUAAAGCAUACUCUGGGUCUGCCCGCUUCGAGCGCAGCAACCGUCACCAGAUCCUGUUCCCUUGCACUUGCCAUCGAAGGGCUGCUAUCCUUCGUGUUGGGCGCUUGCACAUUGCUACUGUUCGCUGAACCUUCCACCGCAUUGCUGCUGGGAUUUCUAGGGUUCUUUUCAUCAACGCUCUCCGACGGGAAAUGUAGCAGGUAGUGGUGAUCCUUGCCGCAACCUGAUAUUCGGCAGGUGAAUCCCCUAUCACAUUGUUUCGCAGUAUGUCCUUGGUCAAGACAAAGCUUACAAAGUCCACGUUUACGAACAGUCUUUAGACGGUCAUUCAAUGGGACACUUCUGAACUUUCGGCACCUCCAAACAUUGUGAGGUCCGGAACACUGAGCAAACUUCCAAGGGGGCCUUGGUGAUGUUUUCUGGCUUAGGCAGUUCUGGUCAGUUUGAGUCGCAAGGGUAGUAAACUUGGGAGGCGGACCCUUUAUCUUGUUUGGUUCCUUUUUUUCUCGGUUACCAUGGGAAGAGGACCCUAAUUCUUGCCCGUAUCUAUUGUUUAUACGAUCUGCAACUCUUCGAACAAAUUCAACAAAGUCCGCAAAGUCCGCUCGACCUUUUCGCUUGAUGAGAUCUCCUGCUUCAUCCACCCACUUCCUUUUCAGGCCCUCAUCAGGGAGCUUUCGCAUCAACGAGAUUAUGACAUUUUCGUUGUCUAACCGACUCACGUAGUUGUGACCCAUACUGGUCAGGACCCUCCUGGCAUCUUCCAGUCGCCUUACAAACUCCAUGAGAGUCGUCGCAUCUGCUUUCCGCACUUGAAUUUCUCUCAGUUUCUUCAUGUGGGCUUCUACUAUCAUGUGAGGCUGGCCAAAGUUCUCGCUAAGAGUUCUCCAGGCUUCUGUGUACCUUUCACCCACUGUCAAAUUAACACAACUCCUAAUUGCUUCUUUAGCUUUGCCUGAGCACUGAGCUAAAAGGCGUGUCAGUCUUUGAGACUCAUGAGACACUUGGUUCUCAAUAUUGUCCCUAAAGUUCGUAACGAACUCCACAUACUCCAAAGGGUCUCCACUGAAUUUCAUCAACUCUACUUUCGGUAAGGAUGGCCCUUGCUUGAUUGCUUCGGCAACUGCCACCCAAGGAUCAGGUUGCAUGCGUGACUGCGGACUAGCUCGCUGCUCAAAAGGAGGGGCUGAAUAAAUGUACGUUGAUGUGGAUUGCUGAGGAGUGUCGGGAGGAUAGAACUCGGUUGCUGCUGCAUCUAAACCUACUGUUCGUGGACUACAAGACCAAGUAGGCAUUCCUGGUGAUUGGUGCAUCGACAUUGGUGAUGCCGCAACAGCUGUGGAUGUUGCCCUUGGCAAAUUAAAACGAGGUACAUAACUGAUAGGCGUGCUGAACUUAGUACAAUUAACUGGAGCCUGGGUAGUUAAACUACUAGAACUCGUCUUGUGAAUUGCAACUCUUCCUACGUUUGGACCAGAAGUCGUGACCGCUGACCCUGAUGUUACGUAACUCGCAGUCACCAAUGAUGAAAGUGAAGUUUGGGCAAUAUCUUCUGCUGAAGAUGUUUGCAUUUUUCCAUUAUCAACAACUGGCUGGGAUUCUGAAAAGGGUGUGGCACCACCCGUAACAGGCUGUGACAAAUGCCCCUUCGCAGGAGGAUAAUUGGCACUAUGCUCUUUUAAGUAAUCAUUCAUCCCAUCCUUCGCUUCAUUCUCUUCGCCGCGCUCCAGCAAUAAGUCAAUUUCCGCCUGCUCCAUCUUAGUUUUAGCACUCAACAGCUCUAAUUUCCUGUUUAACUCUGCUUUACUUCUUUCUACUUCUUCUAAUUUGCGUUCUAGUUCCUGCUUUUCCUUUAGGGUCUGCACUUCCAAUUUAGCUUCUACUGCUACCCUUCUCUUCUCUUUAACACUGCUUCUAUUUGACACACAACUUCUCUCGCUCCCGUCAGACCCAUGGCUCAAUCCAGAUUCAGAAGGAGGGGUACCUACUCCCUUUUUCCUCCACUGAUUUAUGAGGAUUUCUAACUGUAAUUUCAUUUCUCGUUCAUUCUGAUAACUGUCAAUAAUAAAUUGUUUUUUCUCUUCAUCAUCUUCAAAGCUGAAGUAGUUAUCAUGACUGACAACAAAGUUACGAAAUGCUUCUUCAUACCUGUAAAUCUCUGCUUCCACUCCACUUAUCUGUGUGCUAGGGCUUAAAAUCAAUUCUUGUACACAAUUUCGCCGUUUCCGCAGUUCUCCAAGAUACCAGUUUCGCUGACGCUUCGCAUGAACCGCUUUCUCGACUCGAACUUCCAAUUCAUCUAUUCUUUUGUUCGGCUCCCUUAAUCUAACAGGCCUGGAACUACUGCCUUGUUCUACCGGAUCCUCGCCAUAGAAACCAAAUUCCACGUUUCCACUCGUUAAUGAUGGCCCUACUUGCUCUAAUCCACCAUUCUCAUCACCUUGGAACGUGCGCUGAGGCGAUUUCUCUGUUGGCGCCGAAUCGGGAACAUUUUCCUUCUGAGGAGUCACGUGAGUCGCUGCUUGCUCGUGUCCACCUUUCUUAGCACCACUUUUCGAUUUCUUGCUCUUCGAAUUCUUGCCAGUCAUUCCGUUCCUUUAACCACAGUACUGCUUGAAAUCAAUAACUUCGAAUGAUGUAGCGUCCACUCAUAGCUACUUGAAACUGUAGUUUAAUCAGUUGUUCACUUGCUAGUUCGUUUCUAAUCUGCACAUAACUUGUAUUCAUUCCAUUCACAAAUUGCACGUGAAAGAGAAAGAUUCGCUGAAAUAACAACAACGCGACUAUUACAAAGAUGAUAUUGACCGAAUAACCGAAAAUACUGCAUACUUACAAGUUAUUGUGCCUUCUUAAUGGAAAGGAAAACUUGUCCUAACGAAACGACAGUAUAACUCCAUAACAAAACAUGUGCUUUCGUGGGAAAGAGCGCCCGCGAUAUUUUGUGCGCGGUCUCCGAAGACCAAACCAUAUAACGUUUAUUUUCUGUCUCUUACAUACGUAAUACACAAUAAGGUGACAUAUUUUUCUCAAAAACAUAUAGAGUACAUCAGAGUCAAAUUUUCCAAGAAAGCUAACCUCAGUGAAGGUCUUUCAAAAUUUAGAAGCGCUAUUUCAAUAUCUAGAUUGGAAAAUAACAAGCAAUCCGCCUACAACGCACAUUUUCAGCACCGUUUUAAAAGCUUUUCUCACUUGAAUAACAUCAAAGGGAUCCUUGAAACAUCUCGUUUAAGUCUCCUUCCAAACCUUUCUCUUAGAUUCCAAUUCCGGUCCGUAACAUUUCAAAUGCUUCCCAUGCCGUAAAUAUGGGUAUUUCAGAUGCAUACUAUGUGGACACACUAAGACACUACUAUGGCAUUUGUAAGUACUUUCUGCAUAUUAAGUCCUCUUCUUAUACAUAACGUCUACAAAUAGAAAUGGACCGAGUAGACUCUUAAUGCGUACGAUGCCUGCCGUAUUGAAUUAUAAACUUAGGGUCAUUUGGCACCAAAAUGUCAAAAUGAGAUGCAUCUGUCUCUUUCCUAAAUAGAAUCUGCUGCGCUUAUGUUGUUACUACUUAUCGAACCAUUCCCAUUCUCACUAGAGCCUUUUCCGAGCUGUGCCUAGUCAUUAGGCCUCAUUAUUCUGCGCGGCCAAUUCGUUUCUAGUCACGUUGUCCAAGGGAAGACGUGGUACGUCACCGAAGUGAAUUGACCGAUAAUGCCUGGGAAAACGCCAUACAGGGACUAGGCAAAGUUGUCCCAAGCUUCUGUUUCAAAGCGAGUAAAACUCAUUUUCACAAGCAAGGUUUUACACUUGGACUUUGAGAGUAAGAGUUUUUGGAGUCGAGAUGUCCUCACAAUACUGAACUUGCAAUCCUGUUUCCAUAGGCCACAUUAGCCUUCUGGGAACGAGAAUGACGUCCGUGUUGUUAUGUUUUAUACGACCUUGUUCUUAUGUUUAUGAAGUACUGGGUCUGGUCUUAUACAACCCCUCAUUCAGCAGAGAGUGGUGUGAUUUCUUUAUCCAAAUUUUUUAUUAAUUUAAUGAUCUGCUGACCUUCAGGGCAGAUAUUUCGUACAUUUUAUACUUAUGAUGCAGUGCAUAUCAACCAAAGUUGGGUUGUGGAUAACGUGGUGGUAAUACUUCGUCCUAAACCAAGUAAGUUCUUCGUUUUUUUCAGUGCUUUAAAGUACCAUGAACCGGCGCUGAAAUUGAGACCGUGACGUCACAAUUCUGUCUUACAGGAAGUGAAAAUGACAGUACUUCACUGUCAAGGAAACCUUCAUUAUUGUAGCGACAAAUUUCGAUUAAGUUAUAUGAUCAACAUGUUUACCUUAUGUGGAUGAGCUAUGAAGUUAUAUCUCUGAUGGUAACCAAACUGAUCAGAUAAUUAUAACUGUGAGAGGUUUGUACAAGAGUUUGGCAAAGCCUCUCUGUUUUGAUUCCUAAAAAUUUCUUUUAGACUGCAUCACCGCCAAGACAUGCGAAGAAUGCAUUGAGAGGAGAAACUGCACUGAGUUUCAUUGCAACUGGUGCCAAAGCCGUGAAAGGUUUUUGUCUUUUCCUGUUUUCCUGAGGCAUUUUAAUCAUUUCUCUAGGGUAACACCUUCCUCUACAAAAUUUGUAGAUAAUAGGAAAACCGAAUCCAAUCAGUUAUCGAUUAACAUUAUUUAUUCGAAAUAAUUCACCCUCCGAAAUAAUGCAGAAAAUAAAGAGAAAAAUCAAUAGUUCUAGCCGACGGCAUCUUCUACAUUUUCACAGUGAUUAUCAGCAUUGUUAGCAUCCUGUACUAUCCUUUGACGUAAUUACACCGGAUAUCGCAUAUCGCACACAGUCCAAGUUUGCUCAACGCUAGCUGGUCAUGAAAUAUUAGCGGGGGGAUUUGGGCCAAUCAGAAACGAAGAAUCAUUUUAUCCUUAGCGAUAUAAUUAUCAUUAUUAUCCGUCACUGGUUGUCAUUGUACACAGUUGAUGGUGUUUCUGUAACCGAUUCACGUCUUUUUCUGUCUCUUUGUUUCUAUAUUUUGGCUUUUGUUGUUUGUUAUACCAGGUGCUCGGAUGGAUUUGAACGCCAUCGUCAAAAAUGGCUCUCUUCGGGCUGUAACAAGUCAGGAAUUGUUGAAUUAAGUGACUACGCCGUUUAUGGGAAAACUAGACAAAGCAGAAGUUAA